UAACACAGAUGAGCCCCUGCAGACGUCGGGAAUGCGAUUUCGCGGGCACCGAUAACCAGUGGUUAUUAUGCUUUCACGCUGUCAUGGGAUAUUCGUCGUCUUAUGCGUCGGUCUUGAGGUGUCUAGAGCAUCGUCGACGGAAAAUGGUAUCCGGUGCACGCUGAAUAGCGUCGGCUUGAUGCUCCUGUUGCCGGAGAAGACGCAUCAAUGGUCGCUCUUGGGGUUGAAUCUCUGGUCGAAUCGCGGGGCGAAUAAAGCAAGAUAUAACUCCAACGAGCAGGACAUAAAUCAAUGGUCAUCUAGGGUGCUAAAUUUCUUUCCCGUUCCGGUGGAGGAAGAGUGCCUGUCCGAGGACAAACGACGUCAGGGAAUAUGCAUGAACACAUACGAGUGUCGCAUCCAGCACGGAGUGUCUCACGGACCGUGCGCUCUCGGAUUCGGCGUCUGCUGCAUAUUCACGGCAAGCUGCGACAACGAGGUACAGAAUAAUCUGACCUAUGUGACCAGUCCUGGUUUUCCCAACCUCAUCGACCGGCCUAUGAACUGUACGGUGGUUGUACGGAAGAUCGAUACGGAGGUCAGCCAGUUGAGGAUCGACUUUGUCCAUUUUAACAUUGGCCAACCAAAUGCAAUGACUGGCGUAUGCGAUGGAGAUGUUAUGGUAAUUAAUAACGGCAGAAGAUCUUUCGAACUGUGCGGAUGGAAUAGCGGACAACACGUAUACGUGGACGCAAGCGAAGGCAACGAACCGAUCACUUUAAACUUCCGUCUGCCAAGCGGCCUGCAGUCACGAAUGUGGGAGAUGCGCGUGGUGCAAUUGGGCUUCGAGCAACGUGCGCCAGUUGGGUGUCUCCAAUAUUUUCGCUCGCCAAACGGCACGCUGAGGACAUUCAAUUAUCUGCCGAACGGCAGAUAUCUCGCCGGACACGAUCACUUAUUGUGCGUGCGUCAAGAGAGGGACAUGUGCGGUAUCGCUUAUCAGCCGUGCACGCCGGAUUCUUUUCGGAUAGGAACCGGCAGGACCAACGCGACGAACGUUCCUGCGGCUCCUGUCACGAGCAACGGAAACGUCUCCACUUCCCCCGUCGUCGAUCUAAACAGCAUCGCGAAUAACUCCAACGCGGAUGUCGUCGAAGGCUCGGGAGCGGGAUCGCCCGAGCAGCAGGAGAUGGUCCUCACCACCGGCACGAAUUCGGCGGCCCCGGCGAUCGGGACACGUUGCAGGGACAGAAUACUUAUCCCUUGCGAUUUCGAGGAAUUUAUUACGCCGGGAAACAACGUGGCGGGUGUCUGCAAUCUGGAGCAUUGCGGCAACUCGCUGUGCAGACGAGACGAAUUCGAUGCGGAGGGCAACUGCCGCGUGGAGACCUGGACUACGCCCUUCCGUAUAAGGGUGGCUUUCGGCCCCGGGAGCAACACGACCGGCACGCUGGCGGACAACACCGGCAUGUGUCUUACGUAUCAGCAGUUAGCUUGCGUGGCUUGAGAGCGCUUUAUAAUUAAUUUCCACUCUCCGCAAGAUGCUCACGACUUACGAGGCAAUAUCGCCCUCGGACGAGAGAGAGGGAGGGACGAUAUUGACUCUGUACCGCUCAUAAAUUGUUUCCGCAGCGCGCGAUAUCGUAUCUCCACGACGUAAAUAACGGAAAGAGAUCUUAGAUAUCGGGAUAUAAUAAAGGGGAUUUGAUUUUUCUACCCUCCCUCGGUUUAUCUAAGUCUCGAUGGACGUAGGAGAGUAAUUACACAGGGUCAAUUAACACAUCACGGGAGGUCAAAGAGUCAAAUAGUUUUUAUUUACAAAUGAACUAGCUUAAAUCGCGUAAACGCAGCGCACAACUCUCGAUAUAGUGAUAGAUAUAUAUUUAUAUUUAAUUCGCCUUUGUGUCCCGCUUCUGUUUAUUUUUUCUGGUUCGAUUGCAUCACGAUCAUCAUCGGCCGCGAUACGCAACGUGUAUGUGUAUGUGUGUGUGUGUGUGUAUGCGUAAAUAUGUAUAUGUGUAUCAAUCACGAGAAAUUGAAUCUAUCCACUUAUCUAUCCAUCGAAACUGGUCGAACGCGAGAUUUAGCGCAGCGCAAAUUACUCUCAUGUGUGUGUAUCAUUACAUAUAACGGUGACUCUGUCGCGAAAGAUGCCGAUGAGGAUCGCGGCGACCGUUAGCGAUAACGAUAUAUAAUGACGUUACAAGAAUAAAUUAUAAUGUCGUCGAUAUAUACGAUAAUAUCGACGAUGGCAACAUCACUUCGAAUCGCUCUCCCAGAAGGAACGCGCGCAUCGUCAUCUUGUCCCCGAUAAGGGGCCAAGAUCGCGUUGCAGCCCUUGCCUCUUACAUCAAGCUACUUCGCGUAUAUCUUUAAGUGUCGCGUAUGUAUAAUAACGAUAAUAAUAAUAAUAAUAGCAAUGAUAAAAUCAGCGGGUAAUGUAACAUAAUGGAGACGUAAUUCGACGACAUGCGAAUAUAUAUAUAAAUUUACAUCGGCGUCGUCGUCGGCGAGACACGUCGCUUUCCGUACAAUUCGAAAUCAUAUCGCUUUGCCUACCUACCGAAAGUCAAAAAGGAUCGUUAAGCAUUAAGAGAGGGCGGUGAAUUCGCGUAUACGGUGAUUGCGCGUGUACUUGAUCAUGGUCACUUGGUGCGAGGGAGAAGAGGGAGGAAGAGGGGAGGAGGGGAAGAGGAGGAGGGAGCACACGUUUCUUUUUUUUUUCUUUUCUUUUCUUUUUUCUUGAAUCUGUCCUAAUACUCUACCGAUACAAUUG